GUGUUCUAAACAAAAUGGCGAGCGAUCGUGAAAUGGAUUGACAGCAGUAGACUAUAUAUUUUGUAUGCACAUUGUAAAAUAUCAUGGCGGAUAUAAAUGUGGAUGUAUCGCAGCUCCCAGAAGACGUGAGACGAAAGCUUGCAGAGCUUACCUUGGAAUUAUCGGAGGGGGACAUAACUCAGAAAGGCUAUGACAAGAAAAAGAGUAAGCUCCUCGCCCCAUACAACAUACAGCAGCCUCCACAGAACACAGGCCCAAGUGCUCCAAGUCCACAGACAGCGGCCCAGAGGAAGGCUCAUCGGAGACUUACACGGGAGGACAACAGAUAUCACUCCGAGAUCCGCACUGAAGCAGUGAUGCAAGCCCUUGCCAUGUCCAAGCGCGGCCCUGUGAUGCCCCUUCCCUCCAAACGCACCUCUGUCAAUUACCAGGGACAACAGCGACACCGAGAGAGACAGGAUUCUUCCUCGGAUGAUGACAGUAUAUUUGGGGAAGACGUGUCCCGGGACUUUAACCGUGGCGGCCGUUUCCGUGACAGUGGAGCAAGUUCAUCAUCAUUUUCCGAUGCCGGGGCAUCACCGCAUCACCAAGGAGGGCGAGGUGAACGACCCCACAGUGCAGCCUACGCCAUCCCAGGAAACACCUCACGUCAGGCUUUGGCUGAUGUCCUGCAGAGCUCCCGGCAUUCACAACCAAUCCCACAGCAACCAGACGUCACUAACAAUGCCAAGAGUAUGCGCCAAGCAGAUCGCGUGGGCCAUUAUGCUCCUGCUCAUCUUUCAUCCGUGCGCAUGACAUCUACUGGUCAUGUUUCUGGUCUCCAGGACGAUGGUCCUCGCCACCAGGGGAAGGUAUCUGCUAAAAUUCAACAGCUGCUUAACACAUUGAAGAGACCAAAAAGGAAACCGCUGAAAGAUUAUUUCGUGGAAGAGGAUGAUGCUUUAGAAGCCCCUCAGCCUGACCCUAACGCCCCGAAACCAGAGGGCAGCACCCUCACUCCUGUACCCGGCGAGCAGCUUGUUGUGCCGUCUGGCCUUCCCCGCAACCUGGAAGCAGCACUACAAAGAUACGGUUCUUCUACAUACAAGGCCAAUGCAGUCACAGUUCUGGAUCAGAAUGGGAAACCGUCUAUCAACCUCACCUACGGAAAGCUGCUGAGUCGUACACAUAAAAUCGCCUACACCAUGCUUCAUAAGGUGGGCCAGAAAGGAGAGGGAGGAAUCAAGCCAGGUGACCGGGUGGCACUGGUGUAUCCAAACAAUGAUCCGAUAUCCUUCAGCUGUGGCUUUUAUGGGUGUUUGCUGGCUGGAGUUGUGCCUGUCCCAGUCGAAGUGCCAUCCUCACGACGGACAGUUGUUGUUGACGAUAGCAAGGACGCUGGAGGACAGGGUAUAGGCUUUCUCCUGGGAAGUCUGAACGUCCAGUGGGCCCUAACCUCGGAGGCAUGUCAUAAAGGCAUGAGCAAAUCAUCAAACGGCGAUGUCGCUAACUUUAAAGGCUGGCCAAAACUAAGCUGGUUUAUCACAGACCAUCUAAGUAAACCUCCAAAGGACUGGCACCCUCCUCCAAAACAGUCAGAAGAUUGUCCUGCUUAUGUAGAGUAUACACAGAGUAAGGAGGGGAGUACAGUAGGGGUCAAGGUCACCCGAAGUGCUAUGUUGUGUCACUGCCAGACACUUACAGUAGCAUCCAACUAUACAGAAGGUGAAGUAAUGGUGUGUGUCCUAGAUUUCAAAAGAGAUGUUGGUCUAUGGCAUGGAAUUUUAUGUAGCGUAUUCAAUGGCAUGCAUGUGAUAUUUAUACCGUAUUCUCUGAUGAAGAUUGACCCAGCUUCCUGGAUGAAAAUGAUAACUAAAUACAAAGCAUCUGUUGGCAUUGUGAAGUCACGAGACAUGCAUUGGGGCCUGUUGGCACAGAAAGAUCAUAAGGACGUCAACUUCAGUUCUCUAAGGUUACUGCUGGUGGCUGAUGGGGCCAAUCCAUGGUCCCUGACUUCGUGUGACGCCUUCCUCAAUGCGUUCCAGAGUAAAGGUCUGAAGUCCGAGGCGAUCUGUCCAUACGCCAGUUCCUCGGAGGCCCUCACUGUCUCCAUCAGAAGGCCGGGUAAGACGAGCGCCAGUAAGACGGGGCGGGGUAUACUUUCCAUGCAGGGUCUCAGUCACGGUGUGGUGCGCGUCGACAGCGAGAACAGCCUAACAUCACUCACACUUCAGGACUGCGGCCAGGUCAUGCCUGGAGCUGUGAUGGUAGUAAUAAAGAUCGACGGGCCACCCGUUCUAUGUAAGACGGAUGAGGUCGGGGAGCUCUGUGUGUGUUCAGGUUAUGCAGGCACAGGUUACUGGGGCCUACAGGGUAUUACUAGCAACACUUUCCAGGUUCAGCCUUUCCACGGCGAUGGCCGAUCGGCUGGAGACAAGAUGUAUGUGCGGACUGGACUUCUCGGCUUUCUUGGUCCGGGAGGUUUGGUGUUUGUGUGUGGUAGUAAGGAAGGCCUAAUGAGUGUAUCCGGACGCAGACACAACACCGACGAUAUUAUCGCCACGGUGCUAGCUGUAGAACCAAUGAAAUUUAUAUAUAGAGGAAGGAUUGCAGUAUUUUCCAUACCAGUGCUAAAAGAUGAGCGAAUUGUGAUUAUCGCAGAACAGAGACCGGACUGUACAGAAGAAGAGAGUUUCCAGUGGAUGAGUCGUGUUCUUCAGGCAGUAGAUAGCAUACAUCAAGUAGGGGUGUAUUGUCUAGCUCUGGUCCCUCCAAACUAUCUCCCCAAAACACCACUUGGUGGUAUUCAUCUCCACGAGACAAAGAAGAAAUUCCUUGAUGGGUCAUUACACCCGGCCAAUGUGUUGAUGUGUCCCCAUACGUGUGUAACCAACCUCCCAAAACCUCGCGAACACAGACCAGAUGUCACCCCUUCAGCUGUACAUGUAGGGAAUAUCGUACAGGGGGCGCGUAUGGCCUGGGCACAAGGGAGAGAACUGAGCAUAUCAGACGAGGAUUCCGACUCCGCACGAAAGGUACCGCACCAGUUUCUCACCGAGAUCCUACGAUGGCGGUCACAAACCACACCUGACCACAACCUCUACACAUUGCUCAAUUCUAAGAUUCAAGGGAAAUGGCCGUACCAGGUUCAAGCACAGCUAACCAUGACAUGUUCCCAACUCCACAAGCGAGCAGAGAGAAUCGGCUCUAUGCUGGUGGAAAAGGGCAAGCUCAACACUGGAGACCAUGUUGCUUUAAUAUAUCACCCAGGUAUAGAGCUGGUAGCAGCGUUUUAUGGCUGUCUUUAUGUCGGCUGUGUUCCGGUCACCAUUCGGCCACCCCACCCACAGAACAUUUCCACAACACUUCCCACAGUUAAAAUGAUCGUUGAUGUCAGCAAAGCGUCGGCCAUCCUCACCAGUAGUAUAGUACUGAAACUGCUGAGACUCAAGGAGUCAACGGGGAUCGUCGAGACAAAGGCUUGGCCAACCAUACUUGACACAGAUGAUCUACCCAAGAAAAAAUUGGCUGCUAUUUACCGCGCCCCCACCCCAGAAAUGAUCUGUUACCUCGACUUCAGUGUCUCCACCACAGGAAUGUUGGCUGGGGUCAAGAUGUCACAUGCAGCUGCCACGGCUUUGUGUCGAUCUAUCAAACUUCAGUGUGAGUUCUACCCAUCGCGUGACGUAGCCCUAUGCCUCGACCCCUACUGUGGACUAGGCUUCGGGCUUUGGUGUCUAACAAGUAUAUAUUCUGGUCAUCAUUCCAUACUGAUUGCUCCCUCAGAGGUAGAGACAAAUCCUGCUGUCUGGCACACGGCAGUCAGUAAUUACAAAGUUCGAGAUACGUUUUGCUCCUAUGGAGUAAUGGAACUAUGUACGAGAGGCCUAGGAACAUCCACAACUACUCUCAAGGCACGAGGUGUAAACUUAAGCUGUGUGCGGACGUGCUGUGUGAUAGCAGAAGAACGUCCGAGGAUCCAUUUGACCACGUCUUUCACGAAACUGUUUGCCAAUCUUGGCCUGUCUCCGCGGGCAGUCAGCACCAGCUUCGGCUGCCGUGUCAAUCUUGGCAUGUGUUUACAGGGUGCGUCCUGUCCUGACCCGACAACCGUGUAUGUGGACCUGCGUGCCCUGAGAAACGACCGGGUAACGCUGGUAGAGAAGGGGAGUCCACACAGUCUGUGUGUCAUGGAGUCUGGAAAGCUCCUGCCUGGUGUCAAAGUGGUGAUAGCUAAUCCGGACACUAAAGGACAGUGUGCCGACUCCCAUCUGGGAGAGAUCUGGGUACACAGUCCCCACAAUGCUACAGGCUACUUCACAAUUUACGGGGACGAGUCUCUCCAUGCUGACCACUUCGACUCGCACCUGGCCACUGGGGAUGCACGCCUAUCCUACGCCAGAACAGGAUUCCUCGGCUUUGUACGACGCACAGAACUCACUCAGAGUGACGGAGAACGACAUGAUGCCAUAUUUGUGGUGGGAGCUCUGGACGAGACGGUCAUGUUACGUGGUAUGAGGUACCAUCCCAUCGACAUAGAGAACACUGUAUCCCGCUCCCAUAGGAAGAUCUGUGAAUGUGCUGUAUUUACCUGGACAAACCUGCUGGUAGUUGUCGUUGAAUUAGAGGGAAAUGAGAAUGAGGCUCUAGAUCUAGUUCCCUUGGUGACGAACGUGGUUCUGGAGGAUCACUACCUCAUUGUAGGGGUCGUGGUGGUGGUGGACCCAGGCAUCAUUCCUAUAAACUCCCGUGGCGAGAAACAACGCAUGCAUCUGCGCGACGGUUUUCUGGCUGACCAACUUGACCCUAUAUAUGUGGCCUACAACAUGUAGUUUAUUCAGCAUGGAGAACAUUGUACAUCUCUAAGAUGUCUUCCAGUUUGAAGAAAACACUAAAUCUGAAAUUCACCAGCUCUAUAUGAAACCUAGAAUGAAAUACUGGACAGUUUAAUAUGAACCAACUGCAUAUGGAACCUCAAAAAUCUUCAGCAAGACCGAGUUAAAUGUAUGUGAACUCUUAAGGCAGUGAAUCAUUGGAAACCUUAACAUGUGAUGAUGUAGUCAUGUACAGCUAAAUUGACUGUAUAUGGAAGUUUGAAGUGACUUUGAUAUCAAACUUACCAUUUCUGGAUGGUUACAUAUGUGAUCAAACUUACCAUUUCUGGAUGGUUACAUAUGUGAUCAAACUUACCAUUUCCGGAUGGUUACAUAUGGUGAUCAAACUUACCAUUUCUGGAUGGUUACCUUUGGUAAUUUUAUGAUCACUUUGAUGGAUAUUGCCUCAGAAUGGAUCAUUUUUAUCAGUUUUACCAUAUCAUUUGAAUAGGAAUUUUGCUAACUAAUUCAAAAUAUUGUGAUGAAGGAAAUGUUACUGGCGUACGUUGCCAAAUAGUUUGUAUGGGUUUGUUCACAGGAAUAUAAAGAUGUCAAGGAAUUGAUGAAGACAGAAAACCAUAUGUUGCUGAAAAUAGGUUUCCAUGGUAAUCAUUGGCAUUGAAAGUGAUUUUGAAGGUUAUCACCGUCUGAAAUAUUACAAGACUGUCAAAGUGCUUUUUAGAGACGCCUUGUCACUGUGACUUGUUGACAACAUGCCAUACAGGCUCUGAUUGAUCCUUUAUGGAUGGGAGUAUUGAUAAACCAAGUUGGUAACCAUUGUAUUCUUCAGCUAGAGGUCACAGAUAUGAAAGAGAGGAAAAUUUCGACCUGUGAUUAAGACAAGACCGAUGACAAAUAUUUAUUGGACAAAAAGACUGUUGUGACAAAGUCAUAUUUGGUUUCCCCACUCCAAAAAUCUGCCAUUCUUGUGUGUGGACAAAGUCAGUGUUAAAAAACAGAAGAUUUGAACUGUCUCGCAUAUGUGUGUGUGUGUUUCUCGUAAAGAUGUGAGAAUAAUAUUUAUAUUUCGUCAGCUAAUUUAGUCACAGAAAUCUGUAAGCCAGACGGCCUAAUGUAGAAAAGGGUACACUUUGUAGUUGGGGGCCUCUUGAUAGUCCUCCAUCAACAACAGUACCAGCUAAAAAUAGAAAAAGUAAAACUGUUAAGGUUAAUCAAUUUUAAAAGUAUUAAGUCAUUAAAGAGUGCUUUUAGUACAAGUUACUGCUUCUUGCUUUUCCCUAAAUAUUUUUUUUUGUUCUUUCUAUUUGGAAGAAAUAACAGAUUUUGUUCUUAUUUCAUUUUAGAGAAAAAUGUAGAUAUUGGAUCCCGAAUUGUUUAAUUGAUCUGGUAAAGUUUUAAAAAAGAAUUGCGUGAAGUUGCUGAGAUUGUGGUUCAUUUUGAAAGCUGUUACAGCCUGAGGCUAAUAUGUUAUCGUGGUUUACUGUACCAAACGGCCACAACCUGCUAACGUUGAAUAUAUGCACAGUUUUUCCAAUGACACUGUCACACUAACCACAUAUGCAAAUAAUUCAGAUACCAUGUACCGAACAGCUUGAAAAAUCUUCAAUUCUCAAUUAUAAAUAUAUAUCUGCAGACAAAAUAUGCUUGGAAAUAAGUAAUUAAAAUCAUUAUGACUUGAGUGAAUGUAAGAAAGCUUUUUCAGUUGUAGUUUUGUAACUUAAGCAAAGACUUUUUUUAAGAUAUUCAAAACUUUCAAGUAACAACCUCUUCCUUUCUGCCUUGUCGGAUGAUGAAAAAUAACUAUCAUACCAGGUAAAAAAAUAAUUACCUUUUUCAAAGGAAGUUGAUCAAGUUUUUCAUCAUUCAUUCAUAUGAUUGAUUUUGUAGCCAAAUUUUUUAGGUGACGUUAAUGCAAAAUAACGGGAAAAUUUUUUAAAAUUUUGUUUCUUCACUGAAAGUUCGAAAAAGAUCGGUAAGAGUUUUUACGAUGAGAAUCGAUAUUAUAAAACCUUUCCAAAUUUGUGAUUAUUAGGUAUCCUAUCAUCAUCAUGUAAUUAUGCUCGGGAGUGUAUAUAUAUAUAUAUAAAACUAUAGUCGGUGAGCUUUAGUGUGAUAAAAGUAGCCAAUUUCCCAGUAUCAGAUGUGCAAUAUUUAUACUUCAUUAACAAAACAUUAUUUGUUUACCACUGGGAAAAUAAAUGCUAUUCUAGGAUUUUUUUUUUUUUUUCGCGAUACCGCUGAUGAAAGUUUCCUCGACCGUAUGAUUGAUAUUGUAGAUUGGUUUUACGACCAGAUGUACUCAUCACAGAAAAAAACUGUACAGAUGUGUUAUGGUGCAACAAUGUGUUCAUGUGCUUUCUUCUGUCGAGUUUAUAAGUUGAUUAUAUUUUUACAUAACUAGUGAGUCCUCUGUUUCCUGUUCUAUGUUCCGUGUAUCGUUAUAAAUUCCAAUUUUCAUUUUGUCCAGAAAGGACAUUGAUAUAACUGAAAUGCUGUGUAUUUUUCCCCUGCUUUUAGAAUGGAAGUGUCAUUUUGCGAAACAAGAAAUAUGUGAAUGUAUUAUUAUUAUUAUUUAUGUAAUCCAGGGUUAUUUGUUUUGUUUGUGUUUCACUGGUUUAACUGUUUGUUGAAAUCAUGUGAAGUAUAUCCAGGGAUUUGUAGCUUGUAGAAAAAAUGAUUGCCAAAUCCAAAACCAUCGUGUCCAUGCCGAGUAAUAUCCUGGAAUUUCAUCACUAACCAAGAGUUACUUCCCCUGCUGUGAACUCGCAUCAAUUUAAGAAAAAAAAUAUGAAUGCAUAUUUUGUCAGUAACAUCUUGUACGAUUUCCUCACCUUCGUGAGAUAAAAGUGUAUGGCAUUCAUAUCCCUAUACAUCAUGUGAGAGUUAGUUACAAUCGUCAUGUUAUUUACAUAUCCUGGAUUAAAAUAGGUUGAAAUAUUUAAAAAAAAAAAAAUAUUUAUCAAAUUUUACAUGAUUUUUCUUCUUCUACUACUUCUUCUUCGAUGUAAAGUUUUCAAUACUCUGGAUAUAGUGAUUUAUUAGUGCUUGUUUUACUUGAUGAUAAUUGUAGUGAUAGUGCUUUACUUCUACAGGACACUGUGUAUUGUCCAGAGUGCUCCGUAUCUCGUGCGUGGGUCACUAAACGCUGUGUGACCUAGAAAAAGUUGCGUAACUUGUUCAACAUAAUUUGUUUAUUUUGAUAAGAUUUUUUUUUUUGGAAAUUACAAGUAAAUUAGCAUCGGACAAGCAACCUGGUGCCCAUCAUUAAUAUAAUCUUUCCGAUUUAAUUUGAUGUAUGUAAAUUGCAAGUUCAAUCUGUUCUGUAC